AUGUCUCGCUCCCGCCACGCCAGGCCUUCCAGAUUAGUGAGAAAGGAGGACCUGAGGAAAAAGGCAACCGGUCAGCUGAAGAAAACAGCCAAGACAGCAUCCAAAAAAGUAGCAUUAGUCAAAGCAGUGAGCCCUGGGAAACUAAAACAAUUAAUUCAAGAAAGAGAUGGGGUGAAAAAAAAGCCAGAACCCAAACCACCCGUGCCAGUCAAAAGCCUCUUGACCAGAGCCGGAGCUGCUCGGAUGAGUUUGGAUCGGACCGACGUUCUCUUUCAGAACCCUGAAUCUCUCACCUGCAAUGGCUUUACGAUGUCCCUCCGCAGCACCUCUCUCACCCGUCGCCUGUCCCAGUCUCCAGUGGCCGUUUCAAGACCCAAGAAAGCUCCUCUGCCCAGAAGCUCAGAAGCGGAAGACAAAUGUGAACGGGGAGGCCUACCAGAAUCCAAAAUCAAAAGAGCGGAACGGACGGAGGCGGACCCAGGCUCCCGAGAAGGAGAAGACCCGCUGCGAAACAGACCGGUACCUCUCGAGCAGGAAGAUCUGGUUGGACCGGCUCGGAAUCCAUCUCCUCCCAGGGGGAAUGACCGAGAGAAGGCCCCUUCGAGUGAAGCUGCCACUCGGUCCCAAAGUGUGGAAGACUCCGCCUUAAGUGUCCCUACUCUGGGAACCCGACCCAUCCAGGACAGCCCCGAGGCUGUGGAAGAGAAGCGUGCGUGCGAAGGCCCGUGUUAUGAAAGGACAUUGAGUGACAGCAGCGGCCAGAGCGGCCCUCUUGCUGAGGAUCCCGUGCUCACUUGUGUAUCCCAAAGCCCUCACCCCGGAGUUACCUCUAAAUCAAAUCCCAGGAUGCAGUUAGAAGAUUUGGGCUCACGGGUGGAAUCCCUUAAGCUGAUCGAUUCCGAUACGCAUCCUGUCAAGGAGCCAGAUUCAGAUCCUACCUCCGGUUUGAAGAAGAAUGAAUCAGAUCCCUGCACCGUCACGUCCAUCGGCGAAUCCGUUUAUCCUACCUCUUUAGCGAUAGCCCCUUUGGAAGCGCCACCCGAGUCUGGGGCACCCGGCGCUGUUGCCUAUAAGCCUGUGACCCACGGUGCCACCCCGCACCUGCCCGGGACCUUCGGCGCGGCCCCCCGCUGGCCCGCGACCCACUGUGUCGCCCUCGAUCGGUCUGCGACCCAUGGUGCUGCCUCCGACUGGCCUUUGACCCACAGGGCUGCCCCUGACCGGCCUUUGACCCUCGGGGCUGUCCCCAACUGGCCCGUACCCCACGGUGCUACCCCCGACUGGCCUUUGACCCUUGGAGUUGCCCCUGACCGGCCUUUAACCCACGGGGCCACCCCCGACUGGCCGGCCACCCACGGUGCUGCCCCCGACGGGCCUGUAUCCCUUGGGGUUGCCCCUGACAAGCCUCUAUUCCACGGUGCCACCCUCGACCGGCCUGUACCCUUUGGGGCUGCCCCUAGCCAGCCCGUACCCACCGGUGCUGCCUCCAACCAGCCUGUAUCCCGCAACGCUGCCCCUGACUGGCCCGUACCCCAUGGUGUCGCCCCCGACCGACCCGUGGUUGGCAACGUUUUCUUCAAUCAGCCCACGACCCUCAGCGCUCCCCUCGAGAAGCCCGCGAUCUCCGGCCUCGCCCCCGAAGGAGCGACGGCCUGGCACAACGCCCCGCAUCCCUCGGUGACCCACGGCUCCGUCCUGGAUCGGCUGCUCCGGGGCUCCGUCCCGGACCGCCUGGCGACCUACAGCACCGCCCCAGACCAGCUGGCCACCCACUGUUCUGCCCUGGUUCAGCUGCUGACCCACGGUUCAGUCUCGGAACAGUUGAUGAGCCAAGCCGCGGGCCCGGAGCGCCCGGUUCCCCGCGGGCCCGUCUCGGACCAGCCGGCCGCCUAUAGGGCCAUCUCAGACCAGCCGGUGACACUGGGCACUGCCCCGGAGUGGCCGGCUCCCCGCGGCAUGGUGUCCAACUGGUCGGCUCCGUUGGGUCUCCUCUCAGACCAGCCGGCCGCCCGCGGUGCCGUCUCGGACUGGCCGGCCCCCCACGGGGCGGUCUCGGACCAGCCGAGCCCCCACCGGACCUUCUCAGACCGCUCGGUGACACACAGUGUCGCCCGUGGUGCCGUCUCGGACUGGCCGGUCACCCGCGGUGUCUUUCCAGAUCAGCAGCCGGCGACCCGAGGGACCGUGCCGCCCCAGCGCCCGAUGACACGCGUCGCCCUCUGGGAACAACGUCCGGCAGCCCGCAGGGCUGCCUUGGACCAACGGGCGGUGACCCACGGUGCCAUCGUGAGCCGACAUCUAGCCAGCCGUGGGGCUACGUGGCCGCGGCCGGCGACCCGUGGUGCUUUCUCAGACCGGCCGGCGGCCGACGGUUCCGCCUCAGGCCACUUGGCCCCCCACGGCUUUGCCCCGGCUGAGCGGCCGGCAACCUGGAGCUCUACCUCGGGCCAGCCGGAGCUGAGCGGUGUUGUUUUGGGCUGGCCGGUGCCCCCAGGCGCUCCCCUAAACGUGCCCAUGACUUUCGGCCCCCUCUCUGACCGGUCUUUGACCCACGGUACUAGUCUGACCCUCCCUCUGACCACAAACUGGCCUAAUCCCCUUGACGCUCCUCCAGACCAGCCGGUGAUUCACAGCUUCGCUCCCAACGGGCCCGUGACCCGCAGUGCCGCCCUCGACGGGUCCGCGACGUGCCCCCUGGUCCCCGACCGUCCCCCGACCCGUGGCGCUGACCCCGAUCGACCCUUCAUUCCCAACUGGCCCGUGACCCUUGGAUCCCGUGCCCCGAUCCCAGAGCCCGAACCCCCCGGCUGUGCCUCGGGCCAACCCGAGCUCAAAGGUGCUAUACAAACUUUGAUGACAAAUCAAGAAACUGGUUGGAGGCCAAAGCCAAACUUGGAAAACAGCCUGGAGGCCGCUCUCUGCAAAGAGACCUGUUUACAGUCCUCGGCAGACUCACGUUCGGGGUUACCGGCCAAUUCCCAGCAGGUCACGAUGGCUCCUGACCAAGAACUGAGAAAGAGUCCGCCGGCAGAUGCCAAGUUAGCACCCAGGGAACCCGUCAGAUCAGAUGCGGGGAACCCCUGGACGAGCGUCACUUCCAUCCGGACCGGCUCCGCCAGCGGGAUCGACCCGGGGUUGGCAUCUGGGUCACCUGCCGGCGCUCCUUCCUACACCUGCCCUUUCUCCUACACGACCCUGCUCCCGACUUUAGAAAAGAAGAAACGGAAACGGUGUGGGGUGUGCGAGCCCUGCCAGAGGAAGGCGAACUGUGGUGAAUGUACUUACUGCCAGAGCAAGAAAAACAGUCAUCAGAUCUGCAAGAAGAGAAAAUGCGAGGAGCUGAAAAAGAAGCCGGCGGUCAUAGUGCCCUUUGAGGUUAUAAAGGAAAACAAAAGGCCUCAGAGGGAAAAGAAGCCCAAAGUUUUCAAGAUAGAUUUUGAGAACAAACCAGUAAAUGGCCCCAAGUCAGAAUCCAUGGAAUUCAGUGAAUGUGGUCAUGGUGAAAAACAAAGGUUGAAGCUGAACCCGCAUACUCUUGCGAAUGUCCCGAAUAAUGAAGAAGAAAGCAUGACCGGUAUAGAAGUGGACAAGUGGACACAAAACAAGACCUCACAUUUCACCAUCCACGUCAAAGGAGAUUUUAGCGGAACCGUGACGGAGUCGGCAAACUCGAGAACCCCCGAAGACGACGGAAAGAAAAUCCCUUUCGGCGACCUCGUCGGGCCCCAAAAGUUGUUUGCACAAACAGUUAGAAACGGCAUAAAAAAUGUACACUAUUCACCAGCAGAACCGGACGUGUCCCUGAAGAAAAUCAAGAUCGAGGAGAGCGUGGACGUGCUCGGCCAUGACAGCGGAGGCAACUUUCACACCUGCCUGGGAAACACUACUAAAUCUUACAGCACAGUAAGCACUUUGGCAGCUGGAGUCUGCUGUGUCCACCACAAGAAGGAAGGAAAUGUUUUGGUGAGGCAGAAGGCCAACCUCACCUGUAAACUCAUCCAAGAUGCUCCGGGCUUUGCUGUGACUAACAAGCCCAGCGUCCAGGAGAAAGUGCUGCAUAUCCUUUCUCCUGGAAAGGAAUUGGACGACGAGGAAACGGGUGAGAGCGGCGUAGACAGGGAGGGAAAGCAAGAUGGCUCUCCUGUCCAACCCAGUCUUCUGUCACUGAUGAAAGACCGGAGGUUAACUCUUGAGCAGGUGGUGGCUAUCGAAGCUCUGACUCAGCUCUCGGAGGCUCCCUCGGAGAACUCUUCACCAGCUAAAUCGGAAAAGGAGGAAGAUGCGGAGCAGCUGACGGCCAACUUACUUCACAGCUGCAAAGCCAUCCUGUGUUCUGUCGAGUCUUCCGCCAGGAAGGAGCGCCAAGACCUAAACUUCCAAGCCGCAGCGCAAGUCCUUGCUCACUGUCCACCCUCAGAGAAGCAGCUCCCGAACAAGGCAGUCUUGUACAAUGGCCAGAGUGCUCCUCCUAAAGCGCGCGACAGUUCUGCUGCGGACUGGAGCCCGUUGCCUAAGCCCCAGGACUUCCCGAGUGUCCCCAAAUCGAUGUCCGUGGUAGUCCCCGGCUGGGAUUCCCCUAAAAAUUACACCAACAGGGAAGUCGUCCUCCCAGGCCGGUUUCCCGCCGACCGCUGUUUCAAGAGUGGCUCGCCGCCGCCGAGCGACGAGCUGGGGCCCUGCGACCGGUUACGGGAAAGCUCCGGCGAGAAGCCGGACUCCAGAACCAACUCGGCUUGUCCGGAUGCCGCGCACAGUCAGAUCGAAGAAGAUGUAGCCGCCCAGCUGACCCAGCUGGCAUCGAUAAUUGAGUCGAACCAGACAAAGCCCGAGGAGAGGGAAGGUGGCACAAUGCAGCCCGGCCUCGGGUCACGUGGUGCUCAGCAAAAACACAAUCAGGAACAAUGCACACUGCCGCAGAAACUGCCUGUAAUUGUACGGAACAAUCACGGCCCUUUGUUAGCAAAGCAAAAGCAGCCAUCCCAUAAAAAGGGAAAAUCUGCACCAUGGAAACAAAGACUGAAAAAGAAGCCCCAAGUAGCGUGUUGUCAACAGAACGACCAGAGCGAACAGCAACAGUUGGCGUGCCAGUACAGUGAAUUUCACGACCUCUGGAUCGCGUCCAAAUUCCAGAGAUUUGGUCAGUUUUCCCCGCACGAGUUCCACGCCACCCUGCUAGAGAAAACCCCUCUCCGAACCAAAGUCCCGAAGCCACUAAAUCAAAGUACUUUCUCGUCCCAACACAAAAAACUAUUUCCUCCCGUCACUCAGAUAAAAUUCAACAGACACUCGCCCGAGUCGGCGCCGGAGAGAGCGAGAGACCAGCCGUCGGGGCUCGAAGGGGGGGCUGAGCAUGUCAGAACCGUGGGUCCCGGCGGCCCGCGAGGUAUCGAUCCUCUGAAAGGUGGUGCAGCAGACAGCGGGGACCCCGUUCACCCUCUCUCUGUUUCCCAGUUGAAAACCGAAUCCUGUACGGCGAGUGAUAACGUACGGGUGUUUACAGAAAAAGCGAACAAUUCUCAGGUACAGCUAACAGUGAAUGUCAAUCAGAAGGAUCAUUCUUUGCGCCAGCCUCUUAAUCAGCCUAGCCAGAAAGCUAACGGGACAGGUGUGGAAGACCAGCAGGACAUUGAAGAGCAUCCAAUGAAUCAGAGACUGCAAACACUGCCUGCCUCCUGUUCGGAGACCCCGUUACAAGACACAGUCAAAACUCUCAGGAAUGUAAAUGCAGUGUGUCCGGGUGGAAUUCCAGUUCUAUCAUCAGACAGCGUCGGGGCAGUAAACUCACCCAGUGCCGGAGAGUCCGGAUCCUCUCCGGCGAAGAAUACGCUCAGCAGUUUCCUCGAAUCUCCCAUGAAGUUCCUCGAUACCCCUACAAAAAAUCUCAUCGAUACCCCUACCAAAAAAGGGCAGGCGGAGUUUCCAACCUGCAACUGUGUUGAACAAAUUAUUGAAAAAGACGAAGGUCCGUAUUAUACACACCUGGGGACAGGACCAAGUGUGGCUGCUGUCAGGGAAAUCAUGGAGACCAGGUACGGUGCAAAAGGAAGAGCUAUAAGGAUAGAGGUAGUAGUCUAUACAGGCAAAGAAGGAAAAAGCUCUCAGGGGUGUCCGAUUGCCAAGUGGGUAAUAAGAAGAAGCAGCAACGAGGAAAAACUGCUGUGCCUGGUCCGCCAGCGGGCCGGCCACCACUGUCAGACCGCCGUGAUUGUGAUCCUCAUCUUGGCCUGGGAAGGGAUUCCGCAUCUCCUCGCCGACACGCUCUAUCAGGAACUGACCCAGAGCCUCCGAAAGUAUGGCUGCCCCACCAGCCGACGCUGCGCGCUGAACGAAGAUCGUACCUGUGCAUGUCAAGGCCUUGAUCCAGAGACUUGUGGAGCGUCCUUCUCGUUCGGCUGUUCGUGGAGUAUGUAUUUCAACGGCUGCAAGUUUGCCAGAAGCAAGAACCCCAGAAGAUUCCGGCUUCUCACCGAUGAUCCCAAGCAAGAAGAAAGUCUUGAAAGUAAUCUGCAGAAUCUGGCUACAGAUGUAGCUCCCGUGUAUAAGAAACUUGCUCCUGAUGCUUUUCAAAAUCAGGUGGAAAACGAACAUCUGGGCCCAGAUUGCCGUCUCGGCUGCAAGGAUGGUCGGCCAUUCUCCGGGGUUACUGCCUGCAUCGAUUUCUGCGCCCACGCCCACAAGGACACGCACAACAUGCAUAAUGGAAGCACUGUGGUUUGUACUUUAACAAAGGAAGAUAACCGUUCGGUGGGUGCAGUUCCCAAAGACGAGCAGCUCCACGUGCUACCUCUCUAUAAAAUUUCCCAGACGGACGAGUUCGGUACCGAGGAGGGACUGGAAGCCAAGAUCAGAACCGGGGCCAUCCAGGUGCUUACGGCCUUCCCCAGGGAAGUGCGAAUGUUAGCCGAGCCGAUGAGGGCCACCAAGAAAAAGAAGCCAGAUACCCGGAAGACGCCGGCGGAGAAGAUAGCGCUGGCCGAGAAGAAGCAUUCGACCCCAAUUAAGCUGAAGAACGGAGCUCCUGAGAGUCACAGCAGAGCUCUGCUGCAACAUUUAGGAAACCAAACGGAGACUUUUCAACCCGGGAUCAAAGCGGAGUCGCCAGAGCCGGUCUUCUCCAUCCGACGCGCCGAAAACACUAAAACCUACUCAGCGAUCAAGCAGUUCUCCGCGCACCCGCCGCCGAAGGCAGCCAACUUACCUCCGAGUGCCCCCCCAAAGCCCGGCGUGGCGGCGGCAGGCCCGCUGCGGAAAGACGGCGCGGUCCCCUACGGGUAUUCGGGAUGGGGGAGCGAGCCGCCCCGCACGACGCCGUGCUCCUCGAGGUGCACUGGUGCCAACGCCGCCGGCGGGGAGAGCCCGGCGGCGCCGUGGCCUCGUGGUUUCGAGGCAGCCGCGGGCCCGGCCCCCGGCGCGGCCGACCCUCCCGCCGGCCCCCUCGAGAUGCUCGGCGCCGACGGGCCGACCCGCCAGCCCCCGCUCCUCCGCCCCGCCGCCUCCCGCUCACCCGCUUCCCGCGACGCCGCCUCGCCGACGGCCGGCUCGGCGCCGCGGGAGGCAGGCGACAGGGAGGCCCGGAGCCCGGGCCCGCCCGCGGCGGACGGAGAGCUGCCGGGCCCCGAGCCCGCCGGCCUCCCGGCCCCCGUGGAGCGGGGGGCCGCGGACGAGCCGCCGGGCGCCGGCGAGGAGAAGGCCGAGGAGCUGUGGUCCGACAGCGAGCACAACUUCCUGGACGACAACAUCGGCGGGGUGGCCGUGGCGCCGUCCCACGGCUCCGUGCUGAUCGAGUGCGCCCGGCGGGAGCUCCACGCCACCACCCCGAUCCGGAAGCCCAACCGAAACCACCCCACGCGCAUCUCCCUCGUCUUCUAUCAGCACAAAAACCUGAACGAGCCGAGGCACGGCUGGGCCGCCUGGGAGGCCAAGAUGGCCGAGAGGGCCCGGGAGAGAGAGAGAGAGGCCGAGAGGCUGGGAGCCGAAAACACGGGGGGCGCGAAGCCCGGCGGCCGGAAGACCAAGCCGGCCGGCGAGGGCCCCGAGAUCUUCGGCGAGGCGAACGAGUUGAACCAGAUCCCUUCCCGCAGAGCGUUGACGGUCACCCACGACAACAUCAUCACGGUGUCCUCUUACGCGCUCACUCAAGUCGCCGGGCCGUACAACCGCUGGGUCUGAGGGCUUCUUCCUUACCGUUGACUCGGAGCCUUGCCUUGGUGCAGUGUUACCUUUCUUCCAGGUGCUGUUUAAAAGAACAAAACCA